AUGCCUUCUUUCAACGGCUUGCGGAGUCGCAAGAACCAUACCAUCGCCACGGGACCCGAUCCCCUCUCCAACGAGGACUUCAAGGAAGCGGACAUCUCCCACGACGCGCACUCCGACAGUGGCCACAGCAGCAAUGACCUGAACCUCUACGAGAAGAACGAGCAGGAACUCCGCCGUGAUCCCAACAAUGUCACCUCCCACGCCCAGGAGGGUAUCCAGAAGGCCGAAGCGGCUGCUCUCGUCUGGAGCAAGAAGGCCAUCUGGAGCAUCUACGCGUGGUGAGUUGAGAUCCCUCAAUACCGUAUCAAUGUCAUCCACCCACCCACUCACCUUGUAUUGUCUGCAGGAUCUGGGUCUGCUACUUCUUGCUCGCCUUCCAGUCCGCCAUGCAGUCCUAUCUCACCGUCUACGCCUACGCCGACUUCAAGACCUCGCCCGCCAUCUCCACCGCCCUCAUCCUCUCCACCAUCAUCGGCGGCAUCCUCAAGGUGCCCAUCGCCAAGCUCAUCAACAUCUGGGGCCGUGCCGAGGGCUUCGCCGUCUUCGUCGGCAUCUACGUCCUCGGUCUCAUCCUGCUGGCCGCGAGCAGCGGCCCGAGCACGUACGCCGCCGGUUACACACUCUACUGGAUCGGAUACGACGCCAUCUAUCUCAUCCUCGACAUCUUCAUCGCCGAUACCUUUGGUCUGCGCAACAGAGCCCUGGCAUUUGCCUUCUCUUCCACCCCGUUCAUCAUCACCGCUUUUACCGGGUCACUGGCUGCCAACUCCAUUCUUGGCCCCACGGGCUCGGGAUGGCGAUGGGGUCUUGGUCUGUUCUGUAUCGUGAAUCUCUUUGCCUUUAUGCUUCUGGUCGUCGCCUUCAAAUUCUACCAGAUCAAGGCGGAGAAGGAGGGCCUAUACAAGCGUCCUUCCAGCGGUCGCUCCACCUGGCAGUCCAUCGUCCACUACUUCCAUGAGUUUGGCGGUGAGCUCUUCUUAUAUUCUUCCCUUCAAACUCAUGCUGACAUCCCUCGCAGUCGUCGGGUGCUUCCUUCUCAUGGCUGCCUUCGUGCUCUUCCUCCUCCCCUUCUCCCUCGAGUCCUACGGCCGCGCUCCAUAUGGGUCCGCCACCUUCAUCGCCAUGGUCGUCAUCGGAUUCUGCCUGUUCUUCGUCUUCGCUGCGUGGGAGAAGUGGUUCGCCAAAGUCCACUUCAUCAAGUGGGAGCUCCUGAGAGAGCGCACCGUCGUCGGGGCCUGCCUGCUCGCCGCCGUCCUCUACUACUCCUUCUACAACUGGGACCUCAACUACUACAACUUCGUCCUGGUCGUGUACGACCUCGACGUCACCAAGGCCGGCUACAUGACCCAGAUCUACAACGUCGGCUCGACCUUCUGGUCCGUCCUCUUCGGCGUCUGGCUCCGCUACAUCCGCCAGUUCAAAUACUCCGCCCUCUGCUUCGGCCUGCCGCUGAUGAUCCUCGGCUCCGGCCUCAUGAUCUACUUCCGCGGCAGCGACCAGGCCAUCGGCUACGUCGUCAUGGCCCAGAUCUUCAUCGCGUUUGCCGGCGGCACCCUCGUCAUCUCCAACGAGAUGGCCGUCAUGGCCGCCGCCGACCGCGAGGGCGUCCCCCUCAUGCUCUCCUACCUCUACCUCUUCAACAGCGUCGGCGGCUCCAUCGGCCAGUCCGUCGCCACCGCCAUCUACGGCAACACCUGGUCCAAGGCCGUCGCUUCCAAACUCCCCGCCGCCCAGCAGAACCUCGUCUCCACGCUGUACCUGGGUGGAUAUACUGUCCAGCAGACGUACCCGCCGGGCUCCGUCGUGCGCGAGGCCAUCAAUUACGGCUGGGGCCGCACGCAGUAUUACAGCUGCAUCUCCUCCACCGCGCUCCUCGUCCUCGGCUUCCCGGCCAUCUUGCUCUGGCGCAAUUACCGCCUCGAUAAGAAGCAGAAUAAGGGUACCAUGUUGUAG